AUGAAGCACACCACCAAUUUCAGCUUCUCUGAUUUAUUCAAUAAUGACGAAAAAGAGGUAUCUAACAUCUUACUAGAACUCGAAGAACUUUUGCCAAAAAGAGAUAGUAAACGUGGGGGAUGUAGUACCUGUAUGCGUUUUCUUAUGCGCAAAGGACCCAAAAAAGUAAAUAUUAAUCGAAAAGAAAGAUCUAGCAUGGAGAAUGAAGAUGGUCCCCAGGAGCCACCUCCAAGUUUAGAACAAAGCGAGAGACUGGUGAAAAUCGGAGUUGAUAGUCCUGAGGCAACUGCUAUCCACAUGAACCUGAAGAGUAUUGAAGAAUUGCAGUGUAAAAUAGACCAGUUGACAGAGAGAAUUGUAAAAAUGCGAAAGCAAAUUGAUCAGUUGGUUGAGGAUAUAGCUGAUUAA